AUGAUCUCGAGCCCGCCUGCGACUCUGCGAGACGUUUUGUAUCGCCACCCGCAAGCCGUCUCCGGAUCUCCGUCUCUGCCAGCCACGGCGGGAGCCUGGAGGGGGGCGUGAGGCUUGAUUAACGAUGGCACAAAGGGCCCACUAUCAGUACUUUCAUACCUAGGGUAGAUACUUACUUACAUAGGCAUCGGUGACGAAAGCUGAUAUUGAGGCCUGGGUGGGAUGUGCAGUGUGUGUGUUUUUUUUCCUCUUUGUCUGUUUCUUUUACUUGCACGUUCACUCACGUCUGGACAGUGGAGUCUGGAGUCUGGACACGCAUGUGCGGUAAUCUCGGCCCUGCAUUGGGCUUACAUAAAAAGUUGCUCACGAAGGAGGGAUCCGGAGGGGGAGCGGUGGGUGGUGGUGGUGGUGGUGGUGCCGGUGUUGUUGGACCCUUGAACUUGAGGAUUGCGGUGCGGGGCGGGGGGAAGUCGAGACGCUGCAGAAACAAUAUC